UCCAUGCUGAAAUAAACACACUCCGGUUAUAUCUUGUCUGUAUGUGGUAAGUAGCGAUAGAAAAAACUGCUACAGAAGUCAACAACUUCCUCUCAAGGCCACGCUCUCUGCACUACGCUCGCCGUGAUAGAGAUAAAAGCGUCUAGCCAAGCUCUAUUUUUGAGGGCGAGGCAAUGAAAUGCCAUUUGACGCUAACGCCGAUAAAAGCGAAGUGCUGACACGCGCACAUGAAGCGAAGGCGCACAGCUCUGUUCGGUCGGGUGAGCAGUGCAACCGGAGAUGUCCGUCGGAGGCCACGACACGGCAGAAUAACAAAUUCGCCCGGAAAAAUAUAGGUCGUCACGAGUCGCUCAUAAGGAACCGUCAUCACGGCCAGAGGCUAGACGCAUACAGACUUUCGAAGAACACGCACGAUGCUCACCAAGUUUGUCUUUCUCGCGGCCAUGCUCGUCGUAGUCACCUGCGAAGAUGACGACGACACGCUACUCGCCAAAGCUCACAACCAGUUCGCCGUGAACCUGCUGAAGCACCUUGCGACUCAAGAUACCUCGUCCAACGUCUUCUUCUCUCCGACGAGCAUUGCCGCUGCAUUCGGCAUGGCCUACGCCGGUGCCCGGGGAAGCUCGGAGAACGUGCUGGGGUCUGUGCUCGGUCACACUGCGGUUGGCCUCACAGACCGAGCGAGAGUGCUCUCUGCCUACAAGAACCUGCUGCAGCUCGCGGCCUCGCCCAACGUGACGCUGGAUGUGGCCAACAUGGUUCUCGCGCAGAACGGCUUACCUGUAACCGACAACUACAAGCAGCAGCUGCGCGAAGUCUUCGACGCGGAGCUUCGGUCGGCCGACUUCGCCAACGAAGGUCCCAGGGUGGCGGCCGAAGUCAACGCCUGGGUGCGUGAAAAGACCAGGGGCAAGAUUUCUGGCAUCUUGCCCGAAGGUCGACCACUGGACAUCGUCCUCUUCAUCCUGAACGCCGUCUACUUCAAGGGCGCCUGGGCGAGGAAGUUCGACGUCGCCGACACCGUGAACAAGCCCUUCUUCAACCUUGGAACGACCGAAGUGAGCAAGCCGGCGAUGCACCUCAGGAUUCGCCUUCCUCACACCCGAAUCGAUGCCCUGCACGCGUCCGCUGUGGAGAUCCCGUACGAGGGUGGCAAGUUCAGCAUGGUGGUCGUGCUCCCGGACAGUCUCACAGGUCUUCAGACGGUGAGGGAGGGCCUGUCGGUCACCUCCCUCGAAGAUCUCGGCAGCAACCUGCACACAAAAGACGUUAUACUCCGGCUGCCCAAGUUUGAGAUGAGCCUGAGUUACAACUUGGUGACCGCAAUGAAGGCACUCGGACUGAACUCCGUGUUCGAAAGCUCGGCUGACUUCAGCGGAAUCACCGAGGGUAUACCCGUCUACAUAUCGGAUGCCGUACAUAAAGCGGCCGUCCAGGUUAACGAGGAGGGAACUGUCGCGGCCGUCGUUACAGGACUGUCCUUCGCGCCGACCUCGGCUCUCAAUGCCCCACCACCACCCGUUUUGUUCACUGUUGAUCGCCCUUUCUUGUACUACAUCAGAGACAAGCACACCAACCGCAUCCUCUUCAUCGGUGAAGUCCACAGUCUUUGACGCACGUGAUCUUUCAUGUGAUCUCGUUCAGGGACAACCUUCGAAGGACUAUAAAAGUGUCAUUUGAGCUAGAAAAUAAGCGAGUUACUCCUGUUUCAACAUAAACUGCGUGCUUUUAGUACCCCCCAGUCCUCGAUGUCUCUCCUAAAUGCUUAGAAAUCAGUUUCUAUUGGGGAGCAGAAAUGCUGUCGCGGUUCGCCUCGUGCGCGACAGAUGGCGGCGCUCCAGUGACGUCACUCGAGAGACCGGCCUUUGUCGUUUACUAGGCGCCGGCUAUAGAAUAGCUUCAAUUUGUCGCAUUUUCUCGCCAUCUGACCGCGUCUCGUGUAGCACGGCGCUCUCCAAUUGCUGUCUGCAUUUUUCUAGUUUUAAUUACUUAAAUGACAGCAUUAGGAAGACAACAAACGCUCUAUAUUUAAUGUAUCACCACCCGAUGUAGCAUGGCAUUACGCUGCUAAGCUUGAGGUUGCUGAUUCGACGUUGGCCGCCACAUUUCGAUGGGGCCGAACUGCAAAAACGCUCACGUACAGGUAAAUAUAUGUGCACGUUAAACAACCGCAGGUCGCCUAAUCGAGUCCUCCAUUACGGCAUGCCUCACAAUCAUCUGAUGGUUUCGGCACGCAAUGUCCCAGAAUUUCAUUUCUUCAAUAAAACAUUUUCAUAUAACCGCAGCCCUUUCGGGCAGAGCAAGAACUCGUGACUCAGUCAUAAAACAUCGCGUAAGUAACAUAGGUAAAUGAGAGUCUAAGCAGCUUUUGAAAUGGAGCACGAUUGUAGGACUCAUUUACAAUAUUUUGCGCCGGCUGAGGGGCAUUGUAGAUGAAUAAAAAUUAUAAAUUUCGCAAACAAUUCUAGUCACUUGGUGUUCCAUAGAUAAAUUUUUUUCUGGCCAGAAGAACCUAAUUUUUUCAGUGACAAGUGGUUUAUCUUGUUGCACCACCUUCUGUCAUGUUUCGCAAUCAUCAAGCAUGCUUUUACACUAUUUCCUUGCAGGUAAAUCCCCUUAUCAUUUUCUAAUACAAAAAUUUUGCUUAUAUUAGCAUAGGACUAUUUCUGUUAAACGCACUUUCAGACUAACGGAGACCAGACGGCAAACAUUCCUUUAUCAGCGCAGGAAUAAAAAAAAUGUUAUAAAAAAGGAAAACGAAGGAACGCCUGUGAAUAUUUUAUUGCGCCUCUGUACGUCUACCCUCCACACAUGCGAGAGGGCGCCAUUCAAACAACUCGAGGCUAAUUCUGUAAGGCCAGAAUAUUCAAUUACUCUGGGCAGAUUGUUACACUGGCAGCGUGAAGAUCGAUGGCUGUAUUUCUGAGUCACGUUGUUUUCUAGAAAGCGUGCGUAUGAAAAAAUAUUAACAGACAUUUUUCACAAGCCAGACGCUGCAUCCUUGUAAUAGUGCGCUGUGUAACUUUGAGAAUUUAUAUGUGGUGCGAAAAUAGGUCAUGCCGUCCCCAAGACUGGAUUAGGUACUAGCAUAGAAUGACAACAGACAUUUUUUUAAAUGCUUUCACUUCGGCGAGUACAAAAGCACACGGGUAUGUAUCGAAGGCUCAUCGCAAAUUUAUGUAAGGUUCUUUGUUUUCGAGUAAAAGCCGAUAAUUCCUGGUUUGCGAUCGGGCUAAACCCAAUGCCACCCUGGGGUUUUCCUUUUCGUAAAGACUAAUAAACGCAAGUGUUGCAAAAGCAA